AAAGAAAUAUUCCUAAUUUGCUUCGAAUUGAGUCAAUUGUUUCCUUUUUCCAGUUCCUGUUACCAUAUCUCGUCGAUUCAAAAUCAGCCUGCAGUUGGGAGUCUUUGCCCGCUUAUAUAUCGUCCUCCCCAAUACCCUUUCACAAAUCCACACCUGAAUCUCUAUUUCUUGGUCUUUAACUAAUCUCUUAUUCUUGUGGUGUUCCGAUUCCCCACCGAUUUUCUCCGCUUCGAUUCGGUAAUCUGACUGACAUGGGCGACAGCCAGAAUUAUAGGGGGAAAGAUCCGUUCCUACGGGAUUACAGCGCCGAAGAACUUCGAAUUGCUUCCGAGUUCUUGUCCAAUUGGCUGCCGCAUCUCUCCCGUGGACUCUGCAAGAGCUGCACUGAAACUCUUUCCGAUCGAAUCCGAUCUCUCAAUCCAGAAAUCGAUGGUGAAUUAAGAUCUGGUAAAAAGGAAAAGAAAUUUUCUGUUUCGGCUAUCAUGGAUCUGAGUAGAAGUAAAGAAGAUUGUGAUCGUUCAGUUGGGAGUUGGAAAGAUACUAUGGAUCAUUAUGAUAACACAGAUACACAUUCAUUGGGCAGCUGGAAAGAUGAGGCUGAUGGGUCGGAGCCAGCUGCCGAUGCAUCAUCAAAUAGUGAAACAUCUACCUUAUUGAGACCUUUUGCAAGCUCGAAGGUGAAAAUGUCUUGGGCUGACAUGGCUCAAGAGGAUGAGCUUGACAUGGACGAAGACAAUGGGAGUAGUACGUCUGUCAGUGUGCAAGAGGGAACAACAUUGGAGGAUGCUAAGCCAAAGCCAGGGCUGUCAAGGGAGCAAAGAGAAUACAUUCGUUUCUGUAAUGUGAGGAGAGAGAAAAAUUUUAUAUCUUUCGAAAGAGUUAAUGGGAAAUUCGUGAACAUUCUAGACGGCCUGGAGUUACAUACAGGCGUCUUCAGUGCUGCUGAACAAAACCGGAUUGUUAAGUAUGUUGAGAAGCUUCGAGAGAUGGGGAGCAAUGGGAAGCUGAAAGAGCGCACCUACUCUGCGCCACAGAAGUGGAUGAGGGGGAAGGGACGCAUCACUCUUCAGUUUGGUUGCUGUUACAAUUAUGCUAUUGAUAAAAAAGGCAAUCCACCAGGCAUUCUCAAGAACGAAAUUGUUGAUCCUUUACCUCAUCUAUUUAAAGUUAUGAUCAAAAGGCUCGUUACGUGGCAUGUUCUCCCUCCAUCAUGUAUUCCCAAUAGCUGUAUCGUCAACAUUUAUGAAGAGGGAGACUGUAUACCACCUCACAUUGAUAAUCAUGAUUUCGUUCGACCCUUUUGUACCGUCUCUUUCCUUAGCGAGUGUGAAAUACUUUUUGGAUCAAACUUGAAAAUAGUGGGUCCUGGUGAAUUCGCUGGUUCUUUUGCAAUUCCUCUGCCAGUUGGAUCUGUUCUUGUCUUAAAGGGAAAUGGAGCUGACGUGGCUAAGCACUGUGUGCCUGCUGUUCCUAUGAGAAGGAUAUCAAUUACCUUUAGGAAAAUGGACGAAUUUAAACAGCCGAUUGGAUAUGUCCCUGAAUCUGAGCUGCAAGGGCUUCAGCCAUUGCCUUACGAAGUGGACACUUCAAAGAAUUACAAUCCUUCUAAACAGAUGUAUUUUUAUAAAAACCAAGCAUCUGGAAGAGAUGAGAAAACAGAGAGAGGAAGGGGAUCAACCGGAAGGUACUCGAAUGCCCAUUAUUCAGGUCGAAGCAGACAAGGUCCUGUAAACAGGCCAAUGGGACGGGUUAAUUUGGAAAAGUGAAUUUAGUACGAUAAUAAAAAGCUCGGGAAAAUUGUAGACAUAUACAUAUUCUUCUAUGAUUUAAGGCCUUUCAGUCUUUUAGGACUAGGAGUAGGAUUUUGGGUCAGUACAUUAUACUUGUGUGCCAUUUUAGGGAUAUUCAUCGCGUUCUGAGAGUUAUAAUUCUACGCGAAAACAAUAAGUAGCUGGGUUUAUGCUUUUUACUUCUUUGACAAAUCGGCGUGUAUAUUGUAUUUGAGUUUCGAACUGAAUUUGUUUUGGUUUGUGAGUGAGUUGAACUUAAAUUUUAUUUCUAUGAAAUAAUGCUCUAUUUUCUUGGUUA